UUAGUGCUGUGUGUCUCUGGGAGAUGUGUUAGUGCUGUGUGUCUCUGGGAGAUGUGUUAGUGCUGUGUGUCUCUAGGACAUGAGGAGGCUGGUGCCACUGCCCUGGGUGCUUGUCCUGCUGCUGCCUUACGGUUGGGUGGAUGGAGCACCUCAAGCAAAGGUCACAGCAGUGGAAUUGAAGGAUGUGACUGUGACUCAGACCCCUGCAGAGGUGAAUGAUGGCUCCGACCUUGUCAACCUGACGUGUGAUGCAUCACAGGGGCAAGGAAAUGCGACGUGGAGAUGGAGCAAGGGGGAUUUCAGUACAAUCAGCAGAUUAUUGGAUGGAAAUACAACUCUUCAGAUUAAUCAACCCAACAAGACGCACAAUGGGAAAUACUUGUGCAUUAUGAGCAACGGAGUUGACUCAGACUGGGGGCAACACAUACUCUAUGUGUAUUACAAAGUAGAGAAUGUGACGGUGACUCCAUCCUCCAAGGAAGUGAUUGAAGGUUCGACUACAUCUCUCAACCUGACCUGUAAUUCUUCUGCGGUGUGGGAAGGAUCCAUUACUUGGCUGUGGGAGGGGAAACCUUUGAAUACUGCGAAUACCUCUUACAGCUUGUUGGAUGGAAAUCAAACCGUGCAGAUUAAUCAGCCCAGUAGGACACACAAUGGAAAUUACAGAUGUGUUAUAGCCAACCCGGCCAGCAGUGGGCUAGGAGAAUUCACACUAAGAGUAUCCGCCCCUCUUAGUCCUGGAGCCAUAGCUGGAAUUGUCAUUGGCUCUGUGCUGGGAGCAUUGCUGAUCAUUUGUCUCAUUGUGUUGAUCGUUUGCUGCAUACGGAAGAGAAAAGGUGGAAAAAGAAAGAGUCCAUCAGGACCAAAGCAUAAGAAUGUUCUUAGCACAGUGUCGGGUCAAGAGAAACAGAACUCCCAUGGUGCACCACACAUCGGCUAUGCUUGCUGGGACGAAACAAAUCAGUCUUCUGGUGGUAUGGGCAACAAGUCAAGUCUCCACAACAACACACCAGUCGUAACCCAGAAACCAAGGCAAGGUACGCUGGUCUGACAUCCCUUGCCAAGAGGAGAGAUCCUUCCAUUCCAAGAGGCCGACCGAUCUUCCCUAAGAGUUCAAAAGGAAAGUCAAAUUCUUUUAUGGCAUCGGCCACAGUUGAAUCUUCAGAACACCCAGCCCAACACAGAAAAUAAAGCACAGUAUUCAGGUCUGACUUUCCCAGGAGCUGACUUGGCUUGGACUGUUUCCAUGAGCCAAAAUAAAAAGCCUGCGAGGAGCAGUGAAUAAUACUCACACGCUAAUAUCAGACAUAUGGCCAACUAAGUACUGCGGGAAUGAGAAAACUUUCUGUAAUGAUAGAGACUCAUAUAACUGUAGGUUUGUCCAGUUCUUCACACACACAAAGCUCUAAUCCUUUUAGGGUGAAUUGUUGGAGAAUAUUGGAGAAUUUAACUUUUUAAAGUUCCUUCAAUGUUAAUCUGUUGCAGUAACGGCAACUGCUGUUUGUAUGAGAAUAUUUACUCUUGGCUUAUGAUUACUCACAAGGAACUGAAAUAUUUUGAAUAGUAGUAUCAAGUAGGAUUAUAUGUUUCACUAACCUUCCCUUCAGGUCAAUAAUGUAUAAGAACACAUUUGUAUGUUCUACAUACUGUAAAUGAUAAGGAUAUUAGAAGUCACUGAGGGGUUGUUCUGUGACCAUAUAAAGGCACAAGGCUGCAG